UGAUGAUGACUCCCAGCGCCCUGAUGAUGAUGGCGAGCCAUUAUCGGGAUGCUGAUGUCGAUGGUGGUGAUGAACCACACCUUGAUGAUGAUGAUGAUGAUGAUGAUGAUGAUGAUGAUGAUGAUGAUGAUGAUAACGACUACGCACAGCGCCCUGAGGUGACGUUGAUGCUGCUGCUGCUGAUGACGAUGACGAGCAGCCCCCUAAAGAUGAUGAUGCCGACAAACCUUGAUGAUGAUGAUGAUGAUGAUGACGAAUAUCAGGCGGAAAGCGAGAGAGGAGAUGGCGGGAGGAGGCGGACGGGAGGUGGCGUAGGUGGAGAGGUGAUGGCGGGAGGAGAUGACGGGAGGAGGCAGACAGGAGGUGGCGGAGGUGGAGGAGAAGUGGUGGAGGCGGGGAGGAAAGCGAGAGAGGAGAUGUCGGGAGGAGGCGGGGGAGGUGGUGGAGGAGGAGAGGUGAUGGCGGGAGCAGAUGAUGGGAGGAGGCGGAUGGUGGAGGAAGGGAGGAAAGCGAGAGAGGAGAUUGUGGUGGGAGGAGGCAGACGGGAAGUGGCGGCCCUGCAACGGGCCAAUGCGCCGCCCUGCAACGGGCCAAUGCGCCACCCUGCAACGGGCCAAUGGCUAGAAGGUGGCCAACAGGCCCAGGGGCGAUUCUUUUACGGCGGGCCCUCCUUUUCAAAGGACGCGACCAUCCAGGCCGCCCACGGUGGCGGCCCUACAACGGGCCAAUGGGCCGCCCUGCAAUGGGCGAAUGGCUAGCAAGCGGCCAGCAGGUGCAGGGGUGCUUCUUUUACGA